AUGGAGGUUUUGGUUGGUUCGAGUGUUGGAAUUGGUACAACGGCGGCGCAGGUUAAGGAUGUACCGGAGUCUCUGUUUUUGACGGAGGAAUCGAAACGAGGCGGUGAAAGCCGGAUCGGGUUAAGGAGCUUUGGUAGAUCUCCGGCGGAUGAGUUACCGGAGAGUUCUUCGUCGAUUCUCUUCCUAUUAAGUACGUUUCUUUAA